AGAAUUGAUAAUUUUUCAAUAUGUCUGACGCAGAGAGCUCCAAUACACCAGAAGAUACCAACUCAAACGAGGAGGAUAAGAUCGGUGACGACACAAGUCCCAUAUCUAGCGCAAUCGCUACAGUCGAUUCUAAAAAGACUACAAAGAAGAAGAAAAAGGGGAAGAAGAAGCUUGGCCUUCCCACUGAGAAAAGCUCUAAACCUGAAAGCGUAGUCGUCCACGUCCGUUUGAGGCCAUUCAACUCUGAAGAGAGCAAAUAAGAGGCAUAAAUCAGCUAUUCAGGUCUUUGAUGCAGAGAAUAAAUCUAUCGUGGUCAAGAAAGACGGGGAUAAGAAGAGAUUCAAUUUUAAUAACCUUCUAAACCAAGAUGUAACUCAAGAGGAGGUCUUUAACACUGUAGGCCAACGGGUCAUCGAUGGUGUGCUCAAUGGCUACAAUGGGACGAUUUUUGCAUACGGGAUGACAGGAACUGGCAAAACUUUCUCAAUGCUUGGGAAAUAUAAUUUCGGUAAAGAACUUGACUCUAAUGAGGACAGAGGUAUUAUACCCAGAUCUAUUGAGAAAAUAUUUGAUCACUCCACUGAGGAUGAGAGUCAUGAUUAUUCCAUUUCUGUCGGAUUUAUCCAAAUUUAUAUGGAAAUGAUCCAGGAUUUGCUCGAGCCGAAUAAUAAGCUAAUCAAGAUCAGAGAAAUUCCUGGGAAAGGUGUUUAUAUAGACAAUACCACCUGGAUUCCUGUUAAAAAUGUCCAGCAAGCAAUGAAAACUUUUAAAUACGGAGAGCAGAAUAGAGCCACUGCGUUUACAAACCUCAACGCCCAUUCAAGUAGAAGUCAUGCUGUCUUAUUGGUAAAAAUUGAGAAGAGGAAGGCAAGUAUAAAGAGUAAUGACAGAAAUAUGACAUUUUCAACCUUGUAUCUGGUUGAUUUAGCUGGAAGCGAAAGAGUUAAGAAAUCAAAAGCUACUGCAGGAAGACUAGACGAAGCGAAGAAAAUCAACUACUCUUUAUCAUGUCUUGGAAAAUGUAUAGAAGCUCUCAGUGAGCAAAAGAGAAAGAUGGGUCAUAUCCCAUUCAGAGAUUCUAAGCUGACUCGGCUAUUGCAAGACUCAUUGGGAGGAAAUUCAAAAACUUCAAUGAUUGUCAAUAUUGGGCCAUCGAACCACCAUGCUGACGAAACAGUAAUGUCCUUAAACUUUGGAUUCAGGGCCAUGAAGAUUGAAAAUAAGCCCUCGGUAAAUAAGAAAGUUGACCACCAAGCUCUAUGUGGCCAGUUACAAGCUGAGCUCGAUAGCAAGAAUGAUAUCAUCACUGAACUUGAAAUCCAAGUGAAUACUCUUGAAGAGCAGGUGAAGUCUCUUCAAGCUGAAAAUGAUGAACUCAAGAUGUACAAAGAGGCUGAUGAUACCACCACCAGUAAUACUCAAGAAGAAGUCAAGGAUGAGAAGCCCAAGAUUGAUCUUUCUGAAGUAGAAGCAAUGAACCAGGACUUGCUUAAGAAGAAAGAGCAGGAAUUCCAGAAGAAAUUCAAAGAAUACAAAGCAAAAUUCAAGAAAAUGCAUGCUGAAAUUAUGGUGAAAAAGGAAAAAGAGUAUAAAGCUAUCCUUGAAGAUGCAGACAAGCUUAUCUUUGAACAAGAGAAAGAGAUCGAAUCUCUCCAGACCAAGAUUAAAGACUCAGAAGCAGAGGUCACUGACCUUGAAGAGACCAAGCAGGAGUUAGAGAAAGAGAAGGAAGAUCUUAAUACCAGAAUUAUCGAAGUCUCCCAAGAAAAUGAUGAGCUUAAGUCUUCAUUAGAGUCCCAAACCACCUCUUUUGAAUCAUACAAACAGAAAAUAGCUGAAGAAGUGGACCUUGCUCAUAAAGAACAUGAAAAUAAGCUAAAGAAGUUAAAGAAAAAGUACAUUCUGGAUAAAAGCAAUAAAAUCAAAGAAAUUGAUCGAGAAUGGACAAUUAAGUGGGAAAAGAAGAAAAAUGAACUUGAAUUGCUCAGUAUUAAGAAGGAAAUAGAAGACUUCUUCAUUGGCUUUGAGAAAGACCAGGAUGGGUUCAAACCUGAGAUUAGGAAUUCCUGCCUCAGACUGGUGAAUCAGUUCUACAACCAGCAAGACCAACAGAAUACGGUUAUUAAUUUGAAAUCACAAUUAAAGCAGAUUGAGAGAGAAAACACCAAGUUGAAAAAUACGAUAGAGGAUUUAACAGAUGAAAAUGAUAAUUUGGUGAAAAGAAUAGAACAAAUAGAAGCUCAACUUGAAGACAAAAGAAAUGAAAACGACCAAGAAGCCAAAGAGAUUGAAUACGAUAAUGAGCAGAGGAAAAUUAUGGACUCUUAUGAAAACCUCCUCAAAUCCAAAGAUAUCACCAUAAAAUCUCUUGAACAGAAGUUGACUAAAGUUGAGGAUAGAAUCAAACUCAGGAUGAGUUUGAAACAAUCCAGUCAAGAUGAGGGUAUUGUUAUGCUGAAAAACAAGCAAGCUUUGCUAUCAAAUGAGAUUCUUAAAAACGUUCAGGAUAGCUUGAUAAAAUGUACUUCAGACCCUCACGUUAACCUUCCUGUUGGGAAGAUGAAUAUUACAAAUAUUUUGUACCACCUUAACCACGAUUUAUUUUCAAACUGAUUUAAAGACCAAGAGAUAUCGUAUAAGGAAUUACACCCAUUAUCCAAUGAGAUCUUCUCAUUCUUCAUUGACAAUAAAUUUCCAAGUGCUUAUAUGGAGUACGACACUACCCCUGGAGGAGGCAGGAGGAAGAACUCUUCCUAUGCUUCUGCCUUUGGGAAAUUGGAUAUUGAUGAAUUGUCAAUAUCUAAGCAAGAUGGAGAAGACCUGAAGCUGUCAACUGACGACCAGUCUAAAGUGUUGUCAAUCUUAUAUGCAAUCGUCUUCUCUCACUUUGUUGAGUCUCAGAUGAAGCUACAAUCAUCUAAAGAAGCAAUCCGGAUUUUGGAGGACAAGGUACAGGAGUUGAAAGAUAAUUUCGAAAUUGAAUUAAGAUCAAGAGCUUCUCUACAAGAUGAACUGAGACAGACGCAGAAGGAGAUGAAAACUUCAAAGAACCAAGCAUUGUUACAAGCAACUAGGAUUAUACAGAAAUACUGGCGGAGGUUUAUAAAUCAGAGGCGGAGUAAAAUUUUGCUUCAAGAAAGAAUCCAGAAAUUAAAGGAGAUUCAAGAAAAUGAAAAUCGGAGGAGAAGCUUACUAACUCCUCAUAAUAAAACUACUCCGCAAAUUAAUACUACUUCCCCUCAAAUAGUUGAAACCUUUGAAACUGAGAAUUCUAAAAAAGAGCAAGCAUCUAACAACUAUCAAGCAGCUGAGGAGCUCAAACUCCCCGAAAACCAGGAUCAGCCUCACAUAAACCCCAAUCCCAAGCCCUCUCUCCAAAACUCCCCACAAAACUCUAUCGACCAAGACGACUCCUGAAACUCCUCUCUUAGCCCAGACGAAGACUUCGGGACUCUCUCCCAACAAUUCACCCUCCCAGCUGCUACAGAAGUAGACAUCGUAAAAAUCCAUGAAGAAGAGCGUAAAGAAUUCGCAGAUGAGCUUAACGAGGAAGAACACGAGUACUUACAGAACACAGGUAAAUUCUUCAUCCUCGACUCAAUGCGCCAGAUGGAUAAUCUGUUCGUGGAUUUAUACCAUGGCUUCGUUGAAAGUAAGAUAAAGAAAGGCACAGGGAGUAUUUUUAGCAGGAAAGAUAGUGAUGAAUAGGAUUUCAAUA